GUGCGCCCUCCUCCUGACCACCUGUCUGGAAACUCCUCCCGGUAUAUAAACGAGAGGUGAGCCCCCGAGGCGCCAUUCUUCCCCUCACUCACCUCAGCGCUGCGACUUGAGAUGAAGUUAGCGUGGGGCCGCGAGGUGGUGUGGCUGGCGGUGUGGCUGGCGGCGGCGACUCUGGUGGCGACGGAGGCGGCAGCGGAACCAGCAGCGGAGGCGGACGCGAAGGCGGACGCAAAACCGAAGGCGAAACCGGAUGCGGAUGCUGUGUACCCUGCGCCUUGCUACCCUGAAACCAUCUACCACACCCAGUACAUCCCCAAAGUACAGCAGGUGCCCGUGUACUCCACCAUCUAUAAGCACCAGUACGUGUCCAAGACCUACUACAAGACCCAGUUCCACACGCAGUACCAGACGCAGUACCAGACCCAGUACGUGCCCAAGUACAUCACAGAGACAGUGUACAAGACGGAGCACAAGUACAUCACCCAGUACAAGACCUACUACCACACGGUCUACCACACCCAGUACUCCACGCAUGUCAACUACGUGCCCCAGUACAUCACGCACACCCAGUACCACACCCAGUAUGUCAGCACCGUGCAGUACCAGCCGGUGUACACGACCCUGUACAAGCCAGAGUACAUCACGAAGCACCAGUUACUGUACCACACCCAGUACCAGACCCAGUACGUGCCCCAGUACCUCACGGUGACAAAGGCUUACAAGACCUACAAGACAGUGUGUCCUAACCCAGGCUAUGGGUAUUAAAACUAAGCCACGUGUAAGCCAUCACCACCAUGACCAUUCUUCCUUCCUUCACCCUCCUUCACUCCCUUCACUCUCCACUUUGCCUACAUCCACCUUCUUUUUCCAUGUGACCAUUCUUGUCUCCUCUCUCCUUCCUUCACCUUCCUCCCUCCCUUCCUACCUUCAUAUGACCAUUCUUCCUUCUCUCCUUCACUCUUCUUUCUUCACCUUUCUCCUUUUCUUCUUCCAUAUAAUCAGUCUUCAUGUCUCCUCUCCUUCACCUUUCUUCCUUCAUCUUCCUCUCUCCCUACCUUCAUGUGACCAUUCUUAUUGUCUCCUCUCCUUCACUCCACUUCCCUCCGCCCUCCACCAUACCUACCUCAAUAUGAGAGUACUUUUUGUCCCCUUCCUUCCUUUCACUCUCAUUCCUUCACUUCCCCUACUCAACCUACCUCCUCCUCCUCCUUCUCCCACUACCCUCCCCCUCCUCUUUCAUAACCAUAGCCUAUUUUUGUAAAGCGUGUAAUCAGCUUAACUUAAUAAACUGUAUGAUUGUAUUGAG